GUUGAUUUGUUGUGUGCUUUGUUGAGACGCUCUUUUUAGUUUUUGUGGGUUGGAAUGGAUUGCGGAGGUGAGCCUUCUGGCGGGGCUAAACUAAAUCUUGUUGUGGGGGUGAAUGAGUGACUGAUUGCAUUUGAGCUGCGACCUUUCGAUGUGAGGUUUUUCGGAGAGUGGAGUCGUGUUGUGAGGGGUGACUGAAUGUGUUUUUAGUUGCGAUUGGGUUUAGUGGGACGACCUGAGGAAGUGACUUCGAUCUCCCACUUGGGAGACUCCGAAACUGCACUCUGACAUUCUGCAGCUCAAAUGUGCAACUGACAGUUCGUUCCUUGCAGUUAAGGUGUGGGGUUUGUGUGCACAAUGUCGCUUCCUAAUUUGUUACCAAGUUGUAAACUAGAUCGCGCAACUGUUGACUGCACAUGUUCUGCCUUAGUCUGUGUUCCAGAUGGAGGAUUGAAGUCACUUCCUUUAGUUAGAAUUCCUUCUCGCAGAGUGUCGUGGAGAUGUUCCCAGCGUAAGAGAGCACUAGGGCAAUGUCUAAGGAUUUCUGCGUGUGCAGCUCCUCCCUGCGAGAGAUUAGGUGUUUCAUCAACACCUGCAGAGAAAGUCAGAUUUACAGGGCUGGAUUUUAAUCCCAGCGCUCUGCAAUCUUUUGAGGGAUUGGUGUUUCAAGAAGCACGGUCUCUAGAACUCAUACACGCAGCGGCCUACUUGCGGGCACUUUCUUUCCACACAUAUCCGGAAGGACGCAGCGAAGAAUCCUUGAAGUUGCAUCGCAAGAUGAAGACAGAUGAUGAGUUCAGAUACCUCAAAUCAAAAGUUGGAGGUCUUCAGCAAGGCUACAAGCGCAUUGUAUGUAUUUUGGCUCUGUAUCCGCUCUCAAGCCUGGCUGAUUCCUCAGUUGUCGAACUCCACCCUGCCUUGAAGGUUAUAUUGGCAAAUGGAAAGGAGUAUGUACUUGCUGGGUCUCUUGAUUUGAAUCAAGGCAUAGUUUUGCCGGGGGAAACCGUAAGGAAAAAAACUCAGGUGGUCAGUUUUAAUUCAUUUCUUGCUAAAAGGUCGUCACCUCUCACUUUUCCAGCGCCCCCAAUUAAAAUACAGAGUCCUGCUCCAGAGCGUGGUAGAGGUUACAUUUCAAAUGUAUGUGUGGCGCCUUCGCUGCGUCAGAGAGGCGUCGGUAAAGCUCUCCUGCAACAGGCGCAAAAUGUUGCUCAUUCGUGGGGUAUAAAUAGUUUGUAUGUACAUGUUGUGCCCACAAACGAGGCUGCAGUCAAGCUUUACAACAAAGGCGGUUUCACCUUCGAGAAGGAAGACGUUUCAGUGACUAGUCGACCAGGCCAGCCAAUGCGUUUAUUAUUGGUCAAGACCAUUUAAUCCUCUAUCACCCUGAAGGCGAAGCAAUUUUUUUAUUGAGACUUCACAAAGUUGAUCUUCAAUCUGUAGUAUUACACGUUUAAACUGGGAUCAUACAUUAUGGUCUCUCAUUGCUAGAAUGUACAGUAACAGGUUUGUACAAUCGAAAAAUUCUUGUACUCCUAAACUUUCUCAGUAGAUUCUCACCGAUAAUAGCCGCCUGUAGACUAGAAUAUUCAAUUGUAGACUACGUAUUUUAGUAGCUGCUUCUCGUCCUCCUUAGAGUGACAAUUGUCAACUGCAUAGCUACUCGCUCUUAGGACCCAGCUCUACUCAUCUGAGUGAGCUUGUGGUUUACAUCUGUAUCCUGUUGCGAAAUCAUAACAUGAUACAUGUUGUUGGAA